CUUAAGUUUGUCAGUAUCAUAAAAUUUAAGGUUUCUAAAAGCACAGAACGAAAUUUGUGAUUUUCAAACGCCAUUUAAAAAUAUACGAUACACAAAUGUCCAGUUUAGACGAUUUUUUUGCAAAAAAGGACAGAAAAAAGUCCGCAACAAAAACAAACCUCUUGGCCGCCGACGAGCUUUAUCGUACACUAGAAGAAACUACCAAAGUGGCACAAGAAGUUGACAGUAACGAAAAGGUGCAGUUGGAGAUAUCUAGCAGUUCACAUGUCCCGCUUGAGUUUGGCGUACGCUUUUCCGACGAGGCUUGUAACGAGGAGGAUGAAUGGUGCGACUUCACCGAAGAUCAUGAUCAACCUUUUCCCAAUCUUAAGUGGAAUUCAAAGCUUGUUUUGAGCCCGACUGUUGUGAUUAACGUCGAAGACAUAAAGACGACAACCGAGCAUUGCCAAUAUCAGGAUACUGGUGGUGAUGGAAUUGGAGUCGGCCAGUGUACAGAAGAUAUGGGAAGAUCAGCUUGCCCCUGGCUGAAGCUAGAGCCAGUAGAAAUCCCUAACUGUAGACCGAAAAUGAUUGAAUCAUUGGAGGAGAAAUAUGAAUCAGAUAAUAAAUUACAGUCCAAUAUCGUAGUCAAAAAUAUAGUGUAUGUGCCGCCAGCUUUGCGUGAAAGCCAAAGCGAGAUAAGUGUACGUCCCAAUAAGCAGGUAACACCAGUGACGUCGAAGCUAAACAAGGCUCAGGCACCAGAUCUAAAUAAUAUCGAUUUCUUUCCUCUACUCUGUAGCUCACGCAUUUCGAAGCGUGCCAAGUAGCUUCCACAUUAUUUUAUAAGUUCUUCAUGUUUAAAUUUGCCACGAUUAAAGGUUAAGUCAGCGUUUAAAACUA